AACAAACCAAUUGAAAACUGCCACAUGGAGACGCAUAAACAGACAUUUUUGUAUAGAAAAAUCAAAGGUAGCUAAAUUAUGGGAAUUCCCAAUCAUCAUCGUCAUCCAUAAAAAAGCUGCAAAUAAUAGUAGUAAUCGGUAUCUCUCUGUAUAUAUAAAGACGAAAUAGCCCAUACCUGUACUAAUUUCUACGCUAUUUCUGGGAAAUUUUGAGGAAGAAGUUUUGGAAUUGGGAGAUUAGGGUCUGGAAAAUCGGUGGAGAAAUUGGGGAGAGAGAGAGAGAGAGAGAGAGAGAGAGAGAGAGAGAGAGAGAGAGAGAGAGAGAGAGAGGUGUGAAGAUGUGGGGAAAUGGGGGAAGGUAUUAUUGGGGGAGGAGAGAAGGAGGGGGAAAAGUGGAAGGGAUAGUGGUGGUGUUCGCUUGGAUGUCGAGUCAAGAGAGGCAUGUGAAGAGCUACGUCGAGCUCUACUCUUCUCUCGGCUGGAACUCCCUCGUUUGCCAUUCCCAAUUCCUCAAUCUAUUCUUCCCUGACAAGGCCACAACAUUGGCAUUUGGAAUUCUUAAUGAACUUGUUGAGGAGCUAAAAAUUAGGCCGUGUCCUGUUGUCUUUGCAUCUUUCUCUGGUGGUCCAAAAGCUUGCAUGUAUAAGGCUCUUCAGAUAAUUGAAGGAAAGUGUGAAGAACAACUCAAUCUGGAUGAGUAUCGAUUGGUCAGAGAUUGUGUUUCUGGUCACAUUUACGAUUCCAGUCCAGUUGAUUUCACCAGUGAUCUGGGCAGUCGGUUUGUUCUGCAUCCAACUGUACUUAAGAUGUCACAACCACCACGACUAGCAUCAUGGAUUGCAAACGGCAUUGCUUCCAGUUUGGACACCCUCUUUCUUAGUAGAUUUGAAUCACAACGUGCUGAGUAUUGGCAGACUUUGUACGCCUCUGUAAACAUGGGUGCACCAUAUCUGAUUUUGUGUUCAGAAGAUGAUGAUCUUGCUCCCUAUCAAAUAAUCUUCAAUUUUGCACAAAGACUACAAGACCUUGGUGCAGUUGUCAAGCUGGUGAAAUGGAAUAGCUCUCCUCAUGUAGGUCACCAUCGGCAUUAUCCAAUCGACUACAAGGCUGCUGUGACUGAGCUACUUGGAAAGGCUUCCAUAAUUUAUUCUCAUAGAAUCAGACAACUCGAAGGAGAGGGAAUGGGAUUUGAGGGUCCACAUGAUGAGAUCUCCAAGCCCUUCUACCAGUUGAAGAAAGCAGCAAUAAACUCAAACAAUAGCUUCCAAAGAGUUGCUCUUGAGCUAAACGACCACUUCUUUGUACCCAGUUCAGUAGAAUAUCACGAAGACAGAGUCGUUGGGUCAGUACAAGAUGAACACAAAGGAGGCUUGAUCCAUAUCCCCAAGCCCCCAAGUAUUAACGCUCAUGGGGUUCUUGGUCAAAUCCUUUUUGAUGUAUGUGUUCCUGAGAAUGUUGAAGGCUGGGAUGUUAGGUCAUCCCCCUCCUUGAGUAGGCCUCCAUUUGCUUCUUCAAGAUGGCAUUCACCUUUGAAUCCUAUCAGAUGCAGGAAUCCCAUUAAAUGCAUUCGUCGCUCGAGGUUAUAAUAUCUCUACCUGACGCAAAUUACUUCCAAAGGCAUAUUAUUAUGAAUCUGAGUGUGCACAUUGGGUUCUCUGCAUUUUGCGAAUGAGGUUGGUACUUAUGACUUAUGAGCAAUGCGUUUUGGCGGGAGCACAAUGAAUUACCAAAGAAACAAAUGUGUUGCGGUUCUCAUUUUGGUGGCUUUGUAAGUGCUGUAAUAACGCGUGCUGUGGUUUGACCUAAUCUGAUGGAAAUGUACAGUUACUUUAUCGGGAAACCGGGAAACCGUGUAACCUAGUUGAGAGUAGAGUUUGCGAGUCCUUUGUUUCAGAAAUAAGAGCUUCUCGCUGAUUGUAAAUUUGUACUAGUAUUUUCCAUGCAUCUGCCUGAAUGCAGCAUAGGCUCUCAUACUCAGCUAUGGUAAUAAGAAGUAUAUUUGGAGAAGUUA